CCCGCAUACAAAGGCAUCCCCCUCGCGUGCGCCACCCUCCUUGAACUCAACCGCAUCGACCCCGCCACCUGGGGCAGCGUGUCCUACAGCUACAACCGCAAAGAAGCCAAGGAUCACGGCGAAGGCGGCAACAUUGUCGGCGCCGCUCUGAAGGGCAAGACCGUGCUUGUGAUCGACGAUGUCAUCACGGCCGGUACCGCCAUGCGUGAGACCCUCAACCUGGUCGCCAAGGAGGGCGGCAAGGUCGUCGGAUUCACUGUUGCUCUGGACCGCUUGGAGAAGAUGCCCGGACCCAAGGACGAGAACGGUGUCGAGGACGAUAAGCCCAGAAUGAGUGCUAUGGGUCAGAUCCGUAAGGAGUAUGGUGUGCCCACGACGAGUAUUGUUACUCUGGAUGAUUUGAUCAAGUUGAUGCAGGCGAAGGGCAAUGAGGCCGAUAUGAAGCGGUUGGAGGAGUAUAGGGCUAAGUAUCAGGCUAGUGAUUAG